AUGAUCGAUUCUGAAAUAAAGACUCUUUUCGAUAGCGGGGUAUUAAUGUGGCGUGGUUUUACUCUCGAUCAAUUCAUGAACCAGUGCUAUUCAAAUAGAUUGGACCUAGGGAAAGGUAAACAAAUGCCCGUUCAUUAUGGCGAUAAAAAAAUAAAUUUCGUGACUAUAUCUUCACCUGUUGCCACGCAGAUUCCUCAAGCCGUGGGCUCUGCUUACGCUUACAAAAUGGCUCAAAAUAAUCAAUGCGUUGUGUGCUAUUUUGGGGAUGGUACCGCUAGCGAGGGAGAUGCGUUUGUGGGAUUCAAUUUCGCUAUUACCUUAAAAUGCCCCGUCAUUUUUAUAUGCCGAAAUAACGCGUAUGCCAUAUCUACACAUGUUAAAGACCAAUAUUCCGGUGACGGAAUAAUAUCUAGAUGCAUGGGUAUGGGUAUUCCUUCUAUACGAGUGGAUGGAAACGACACGUUGGCCGUAUAUUUUGCUUGUCAAAUGGCUCGCGAUCAUGCUCUUAAAUAUAUGGAACCCGUUUUUAUCGAAGCCAUGACUUAUAGAGUUGGUCAUCACAGUACUUCGGAUGAUAGUUCCGCAUAUAGAAGUAAGGAAGAAGUCGACUAUUGGAAUACUGAACAAAAUCCAGUUCAAAGAUUGAAAAAAUACAUGACUAAUCAAGGAUUUUGGAACGAUAAUCUUGAAGCGAAGUUGCAGAAGACGUCUAGAUCACAAAUAUUGGAGGCUUUCAACAAUGCUGAAAAAGAAUUGAAACCACCUAUUGACGAAAUGUUUACUGAUGUAUAUGAUAAGUUGCCUUUAAACUUGAUAAAACAAAAAGAAGAUCUACAUAGGCAUCUUAAAAUAUAUGGCAAACACUAUCCUUUAGACAAGUAUGCCUAACAAAAUUUAAAAAAUUGGUAUCGACAAUUAAGAAUUGCUCAAAAUAGAUUCGUAUUAUUUCUAAAAUGAUUUUUUAUCUUAUUUAUUCUACAUGAAAAAAAAAUAUUUAUAUAUUUUAUACUAUUAUAUUUUUUUAUAGUUUUAAAAAAAUUAUUAACAAAGUUUUU